GAUUUAAGAAUAAAAACAAUAUUUUUUCAGGAAAACUGGACUUAAAACUGGAGAACAGCCUCUUGUCCUCCUGCCUAUUUCAGUAGGAUUAUUCCCAGUAAUUUCACAGGAAAGCGCAGCUCCAGUCUUCUGUGUUUAUGUGACUCACAGGGGUAUCAAAGUUCCGCUCACAUCGUCAGAGCAGCACUGCUGCUAUGGCUCAGUCCAACUCAAUUUAUGUGUCCGUCGGCAUCCUGGGCAUUUUAGGAGGUUCUCUCCUGCUGUUAGUGAACAGCUAUGGCAGCUCUCCUGAAAAAGACUUGAUCCCCCACACUGCACUGGGGAUAUUACUCCUCAUCAUUUCAGCCCUGGUAGCUUUCACAGGUGUCCAUCACAGUCUGUCCCACUCCCAGCUGUUUUCCAGUCUGUGUCUGACCGUCUCUGCUCUGUGGUGUGGGUUGGGUCUGGUCUACAUCCUGAUAGGACAGAGUGUGCUGCCGCUCUCUGAGCUGAAAUCUUCUCUGAUCCCUGGUCUGGCAGCAUUUACGUUAGCCCUGUUCAUCAUAGGCACUGUUGCCCUCUUUGUGAAGAAACCAGUUCUACUGGUCAUAGCUGUCAGCAUUUCCUUAGCCUGUGCCCAUCAAAUCGCUGGUCUGUCAGAUUCAGGGUAUGGUCAGUCUGCCACCGCUGCAAACUACCUUCUGGUUUGUCUUGUUUGUGCUUAUUUUGGCUUUGGACGUCUGCUGUCCACCAUCACACAGGGUAAAGUGAGACCUCCAGGUACAGUCAUGAAACAGAUAUUUGAGCUGAAAACAGAGCAGAACCAGAGCUGCAGUGAUGUAGUCAGUGUAGGUUUGGUGAUGAACUUGUUAUCUGCCUCUGUAAUAGCCUGUCCCCUGUUAGGUGUGGUCCCUCAACUCUCUGUUGGCCAUGUCCCCUGGCUUUGGACAGCUGGAGUCUUCCAGCUUGGCAUGUGUGUCCUCUUUUACCGAGCUAUGGACACACUAGCUGCGACUUUCUAUGGUUUUACAUCCCUGCUUAAAUUUGCUGAGGGUUACAGCGCUCUGUUAUCUUUGUACUCUAUUCAGCCGUUCUCCCCUGUUCCCUUCCUGGUUGUUUUUGCAGUUCUUUUCUCCGUCCUGGCACUGUUCAGCUGUCAGAAGAGCUUAUUGGAAGGCAUCUACCAGUUAUUCUUUGUAGCUUAUUGUAUUUCCAUCGCGGCCCAGCCUCAAGGCUUCUUCCAAGCAGGCACUCAGGGUGUGCAGGUUGCUAUCUUUGUAGCUACUGCUGGAGUGCUUUUUGUAACCACAUUUAACAUGGUCUCCAGUACCAGGAUUCCUACUGGGCAAAGCCACUUCAAAACUGUAGUAACCAGAAUUUGGAGUAUUACUCUCAGGGCUCUCGAUAAAGAACAACAUACGCCUCACCUGGGCUACUCCAAGUAUGCAGAUGCAGAGGUGUUAGGCCAUGCCUGCAAUGUUCUGGCGGCUUUUGCCAUCACAGCCACAGUUGGGGACAGGAACCCUCUGGCUGUGCUGGUUCUGCCCUGGGCAGUGAUGGCUGGGGGAGUGUUGCAGCUCCUGUGCGGCUCCGUUGCAUUCGCCCGGGGUAAAACCUUUGAGAGCACAGCCUUCAUUCUCUAUGGGUUGAUGUGGACGGUGUGGGGGUUGACACGAUUUGGUGGUCUUUACGGUGAGACCAGAGGCUUCAAUGUUGCUCUUGGGAUCAUUUGCUUCAUGUUGUUUAACCUUCUGGUGACAAUUGCAGCAUUGUUUUUGAAUGUUGCCUGGUUUGUCUACGCUUUUACAUUCCAGCUCAUCCUCAUUAGCUUCCUGCUGGAUGCAAUAGGUGCACUGCCUUAUGGUUACGAUAUUGGCGUCACAAUCAUCUUUGGUCUUAUCAGUUUUUAUUGUUUCUUGGUGCACCUUUUUAACAGCACCUUCCAGUCCCCCCAAAUGCCCUUAGGAAGACCUUUAGUCAAGCUAGGUGGGGUCAGAGGAGGAGCAGCGGUCUGUCCGCAUGUACCAGCUCGCAAAGCAACAUCUGUACAACAGAUAGCAGAAAUCAUGAAAAAUGGAGGCAUCUGUGGAAUGCCAACUGACACUGUCUACGUGCUGGUAGCUGCCUGCAACAGGCCGGAUGCAGUGAUCAAAGCUUACAAGGUAAAGAAGCAGGCUCAGGACCGACCCAUGUCCAUGUGGAUCUCUUCUGUAAAGCAGCUGGAACCUGUUAGACACCUACUAAGUCCCCUGCUCCUGGACUUCAUGGAGGCUGCGUGGCCUUCAUCUAUCAGCAUGGUCAUACCCAGAGGCCCGUGGUUGGACAUAUUUGGUUUGGGAGAUGCUGCCAUACACAUCGGGACUCCACAAAGCAUUGCCAUCAGAAGCCCAGACUGUGCAGUAGCCACACAUCUUAUUAAUCUGGUGGGUCCAAUUGCAGUAACCUCAGCCAACCCCACAGGGGAGGCAGACACAACUCAUCAUAACCAGGUUUAUGCCAAACUGGGAAAAAAGGUGGAAGGGGUGUUGUGUGAUGGAUCCUCCCCAGAAAAUAUUGCAUCUACUGUGGUUGACUGCACCAAGAUUGAAACUGGACAAAUUGGUUUCUUCAGAGUGGGCCUCAUUCCAAAAUCCAAGGUUCUUCAGAUAUUUGAAGAGGUUCGAAAUCGGCAUAAGAGAAUUUAAGUGCACCCUUUCAUCAAACAUUUUGACAG